UACCAUCCCCAAUUCCCAAUCCUCAAUUCCCCGCAUCCUUCAAUACUUAUGUGAGAGAAGUUCAAUAUAUAACAUACGUAUCCCUAUUACACUAACGUACAUACCUAUACACUUCCGAGAGUUGCGAGUUUCAAGUGCCUUUCGCGCAACACACUCACUCUGUUCCUGAGCUGUGAGUUCUCUCUUCAUCGUAUUUCAUAUUGCAAUUAAGUACUUGUGUUUUUUUGAUAAUAUUAUUCUUAUCAAUAUCAACUGCGCAGUCGAGUACUGAGUCGACUGCUUGUGUGCAUAAAGCGAACAUAACGCAGACAUUAUCCAGCUAUUUUGUUAAUCUUUUGUGUUUUGUUGUGUUGUAUGUCCGUCUGUCUGAUAACUGAAGUAUAUAUGUUAUAUGCUUAGUCGUCAUCGUCAUCAACUUUGACGUAAUAGCAAGUUUUUUAUCCUUGGCAAAUAAAUCACUUGUAUAUGCUUGUAUAUGCUGUCAUUGUUGUUAAUCAGCUCUAUUUUUUGUUGGUAAGUAGAUACUUCACGGAAUAUUUACCUUCUUAGUGCGUCUCUCUAUAAGUACCUUUCUUCCCCGCAUCUAAGUACACCUAUAGAUCAACUCAAUUGUAUAAAGUGACAAAGUUGUUGCACUGAGCAUGAACUGCAGACUAUUUGCUUGAUUGAUUAAUCCAUAAGGACAACAAAUUUUCAUUCCACGCACCACACACACGUCAACGGUACAAGUUGGGCGGUUCUAGCAGAUUUGAUUUAAAAAAAGGAAAAUGGCAUCUCGCAAGAAAGUUCUGCUCAAAGUAAUUAUUUUGGGUGAUUCUGGAGUGGGAAAGACCUCUCUUAUGAAUCAGUAUGUGAACAAAAAAUUUAGUAAUCAAUACAAAGCCACCAUAGGAGCUGAUUUUUUAACAAAGGAAGUCAUGGUUGAUGACAGGAUAGUGACAAUGCAGAUUUGGGAUACUGCUGGUCAAGAAAGAUUUCAAUCACUCGGUGUCGCAUUCUAUAGGGGAGCAGACUGCUGUGUCUUAGUGUUUGAUGUAGCUGCACCAAGUACUUUCAAGUCUUUGGACUCUUGGAGAGAUGAGUUUCUCAUUCAGGCUUCACCACGAGAUCCAGACAACUUUCCAUUUGUUGUCCUUGGAAAUAAAGUUGAUUUAGAAAACAGAGCGGUAUCCAGCAAGAGAGCACAACAAUGGUGUCAGUCAAAAAAUAAUAUUCCAUACUUUGAAACCAGUGCAAAGGAAGCAAUCAAUGUAGAACAAGCUUUUCAGACGAUAGCUAAAAAUGCACUAGCUCAGGAAAGUGAGGUCGAACUUUACAAUGAAUUUCCAGACCAGAUAAAACUGACGAAUGAUCAAAGAAACAACGGAAAGGGUGAUUCUUGUGCUUGCUAGGUACCAAAUUAUAAACAAAACUUUGGAUGUACACAAAACUGCAGAUCAGAUUAUACAUUUUGUAAGAAUCUCUGUAAAAAUGGCGAGAAAACUGCAAGGUGAUCAAGUCUUGAGCAAUUUAUCUCAAUGCAUGAAAUUAAGUGUUAAAUAUAUUUUUAAUUAAUUACUCUUUUA